AGUGUUAAUAUUGCUGUCAACAGUAUUGUACACAUUCGUUUUUCGGUUGACAGUUUAAUUCAAUUACUUUGAUCCCGUUCAAUAUGCAAGGAAUUAUUUUUGUUUAUUUAGUGGCAUUUUUCUACCAAACAUUUGCUGCUAGCACAAAUAAGGAUAUUAGUGGACAGAUGGUGUUGAAAAAACGCCAAAAGAGAUCAACUGAGGAAGAAUGUUUACAAUCUUUAUUCCCUAAAUCACACGUGCAAAUGCCAGAAUGUUGUUCAAUACCCAAUAUUCUAGCAAAUACAGACAAAGCGUGGGAUACAUGUAUUGAAAAAAGAAAUAAUACUAUGGACAAGCCUCACCCUCUUCCUCCAGAUCACAAAGAAAAUGGAAAAGGUCAUGGACCACCAUGUUUAUUCCAAUGUGUAUUCAUAAAUAGUGGAUUAGCUGACCAGGAUGGAAAACUUGAUGAGCAAAAAGUUUCUAGUAAAAUAAGUGAAGUAUUGAAAGGUGAUCCUAAAUGGGGAUCUUUUGAAUGGCAGCAAUCAUUAAAUAAAUGCUUUUCUGAAAUAAAAAAUUUAAAAGAAGAACAAAAUAAUCAUAUGAUGGAUACACCAUCAGGUAAAUUAAUGAAAUGUUUCCUUAGAGACUUAUAUUUGAAUUGUCCUUAUAAUGCUUGGGUAGAAAGUUCUGAAUGUACUAGCCAAAAGUCUUUAGUACAAAAUUGUCCAAUGUUACCACCACCAGUUCUUAAACACGGACCACCAAAAAAGAAUUAAUUUUCGAAUUUAGAAGCAACACAUUAAAUAAAUUAUCUAGUAAUUAAAGUUUAAUUUUCACCAAUAUUUUACUAAUACCAAUUUGUAUGUAUUGAAAUAAAUGUAAUUUGAUAGUA